AUGUUUGCCGCGAUCCGCAUGACCAGCGCCGUCCGCUUAUCCAGCCUACGUCUCAGUACAACCAGCGCACAUCGGGAAACCGCACCCGCCUCCCAUCCGGCGGUGAACGCGCCCAAGGAGGCGCAUGGCUUCACCCUGGUGGAGCAGCAGUAUCUGGCAGAGUAUGACUCGACCGCCCUUCUGUACAGGCACAAGAAGACUGGCGCGCAGCUGAUGUCUGUAAUCAACAAGGACGAGAACAAGACCUUUGGCGCGACCUUCCGCACCCCCGUGGAUGACUCCAAGGGCACGCCCCACAUUCUGGAGCACUCGGUGCUGUGCGGGUCGGACAAGUACCCCAUCAAGGAGCCGUUUGUGGAGCUGAUGAAGGGCUCCCUGAACACUUUCCUCAACGCCUUCACCUACCCUGACCGCACCUGCUACCCUGUGGCCUCCGCCAACCUGCGCGACUUCUACAACCUGGUGGACGUCUACCUGGACUCGGUGCUGCACCCCAACUGCGUGAGCGACCCCCAAAUCUUCGCGCAAGAGGGCUGGCACUACGAGCUGGAGGGCGAGGCCGAGCCCUUGACGCUCAAGGGCGUGGUGUUCAACGAGAUGAAGGGCGUCUACUCCUCCCCGGACUCGGUGAAUGCCCGCGUCACCCAGGCCGCCCUUCACCCCGACAGCACCUACGCCAAGGACUCGGGCGGCGACCCCGAGGCCAUCCCCACCCUCACCUUUGACGGCUUCAAGGACUUUUACGCGCGGUAUUACCACCCGUCCAACGCGCGCUUCUGGUUCUACGGCGACGAUGAGCCCGAGGAGCGGCUGCGCCUGUUGGCUGCGGCCCUGGACGGCUUCGAGGCGCGGCAGGUGGACAGCGUCGUGCGCCCGCAGCCGCUGCUUGCGCAGCCGCGCGUGGUGACUGAGCGCUAUGCGGCGGGCGCCGUGGAGGAGGGCGGCGAGCCUAAGACUUUCCCCGCCUUCUCCGUGGGCCUCAAGGGCGUGGCCGCGGGCGACGUGGAGGCCGUGGAGGCGCUCAUCCUGGAGACGCUGGAGGGGCUGGAGCGCGAGGGCUUCAGCGCCACCUCCAUCGAGGCUUCGCUGAACACCAUCGAGUUCGCGCUGCGCGAAAACAACACGGGCCGCUUCCCGCGCGGCCUCUCCCUCAUGCUGCGCAGCAUGGCCACCUGGAUCUACGACCGCGACCCCUUCCAGCCCCUCAAGUGGGAGGACGACCUGGCCAAGUUCAAGGCCCGCAUCGCGGAAGGCAGCGACGUCUUUGGCCCCCUGAUCCGGAAGUACCUGUUGGACAACCCGCACCGCGUGUCGGUGCGCCUGGUGCCGGACGAGAAGCUGGGCGAGGAAAGGGAGGCGCGGGAGCGUGAGGCCCUGGCCGCCAAGCGCGCCGGCAUGAGCAAGGAGGAGGUGGAGGCCACCAUCCAGGCCACGCGGGAGCUGAAGGAGCGUCAGGAGACGCCAGACACGCCCGAGUCGCUGGCCUGCGUUCCCCUGCUCCACCUGUCGGACAUCCCGAAGACCAUCACGACCACGCCUACGACCGUGAGCAUCCACGCCAGCGGCGCCACGCAGCUCACCCAUGACCUCUUCACCAACAACAUCCUGUACCUGGAUGUGGCACUAGACCUUACGCGUCUGGGUCCAGAGCUCCUGCCCCUGGUGCCCCUGUUCUGCAGGUGCCUGACCAACAUGGGGACGGAGGAGGAGGAUUUCAUCACGCUCACGGAGCGCAUCGGGCGCAAGACGGGGGGCGUGUCGGUGUCGCCCUUUGUGACCUCUGUCAAGGGUAGCCCCCUGCCCAAGGGCUACCUCAUGGUGCGCGGCAAGGCCACCGCAGACAAGGCAGGGGACCUGCUCCAGGUCUUCCACGACAUCCUGCUCACUGCGCGGCUGGACGACGCAGCGCGCUUCAAGCAGAUGGUGCUGGAAACGAGGAGCGGGAUGGAGGCGGGCAUAGUGGGCAGCGGGCACUCCUUUGCCGGGUCCCGCCUGGAUGCUCAGAGGAGCGCCGCUGGGUGGGUGUCGGAGCAGAUGGGGGGCGUGGAGUACCUGCAGUACCUCCGUACCCUGGCCAAGCGUGUUGACUCCGACUGGGAGGGGGUGCGCCGCGACCUGGAGACCAUCAGGUCCACGCUCCUGCAGCGCGACGGCGCUCUGGUGAACAUCACCGGGGAUGAAAGCGUGCUGCGUGCGACGGAGGGGCCCCUGGCCGACUUCCUGUCGGCGCUGCCAUCCCUGCCAGGCCAGCGCGCUGAUUGGAACCAGACCCUGGACCCCGCAAGCGAGGCACUGGUCGUGCCCACCCAGGUGAACUAUGUGUGCAAGGCGGCCAACCUGUACGAGGAUGCGGGGUACAAGCUGUCUGGCACCUCGUACGUGAUCAACAAGUUCCUUGGGACGUCCUGGAUCUGGGACAGGGUACGCGUGUCCGGUGGCGCAUACGGCGGCUUCUGCGACUUUGACAGUCACAACGGGAUGUUCACCUUCUCCUCUUACCGCGACCCCAAUCUCCUCAAGACGGUGGACGUGUAUGACGGCACGAUCGACUUCCUGAAGGGUGUGGACCUGACGCCUGAUGAGCUGAGCAAGGCCAUCAUCGGCACCAUCGGCGACAUCGACGCCUACCAGCUGCCGGACGCCAAGGGCCGCACCGCGUUCAUGCGCCACCUGCUCGAGGUCUCCGAGGAGGAGCGCCAGCAGCGCAGGGACGAGAUUUUGGGCACCCAGCUGUCCGACUUCCACGAUUUUGCUGAGGUGCUCGCCUCCGUGCGUGACAAGGGCCGCGUGGUGGCCGUGACCAGCGCCGACAAGGCGGCCGCAGCGCAGGAGGAGCGCCCAGGCUUCUUCAACGCCAUUCACAAGAUCCUGUGA